CCUUCUGUUGCUCGGUUGUGACAUUAGCUUCUUCAUGUCUUAAAAGAUGGAGCUCAAUGCUUAUUCUUAACGAUGUAUGAGGUAACUGUAUUUGCUUCUUUUACUUCUGCAAGAUGGUGGGCUGCCCUCUUUACCUGUUAUGUGUAGUUAGUCAUUCCCAAUUUAUGUUGCUGUUUCUCAAUAGCUUAAUAUUGUUAUCUACAGAAGGAAGAGUCGUUCUGUUACUCCACGGCGUCGCAAAAGUCGUUCUCCAUCCGUAAGACGUCGUAAAAGUCGUUCUCCAACUCCGAGGCGUUAUAAGAGGCAAAGAAGUAGGAGUUCUUCAUUGACUCCUAUUCAUAAAUCCUCUAGUCCAAGUCUUGGAUCAAUAGAGCAGAAAAACGCUGCAGAAAAAUUGAAAAAAGAAGAAGAGAAGAGAAGGUAUAUCUAUUUAGUACUGUACUUUUCCUUUUCACCUUUCUUCUAGGUCACCUCUUUGUCUUAAGCUUUUCUUUCUUUCUCCUUUUCUGUUCCACGUUUCCAAUAACAAUAUAUUGGAGCAUUCAGGAAGGGAAAUUUUAGAAGUUUUCUGCUUUUCCUUAUGAUAAUGUGAUAGACUGCUGCAUUUUUAGUUUCAAACUGUAGUAUUUCUGCAUUAUCAUUUGAACAUGAUUAUGAAUAACUGAACUGAUUAGAUGUUAAGUUUUUCUUGCAUUGCUGCAGAAUUUAUAUUGGAAUUUAAAAGUUGGUUUAUUGAGUUGAAAUUCCUAAAUGAGAUAUUAGAAUAUGAUAUUGUAAGAGCAGCCACAUGGGCAAUAGUUAUCAGUCUCUCAUGAGGGGGGCAAAAUUAAGUUUGAAAAACUAUGUUUUAACUUCAAAUUUUUUGUAUGGCAUUAAUCAUUUCAAAGGAUCUGUUGUGGCCACUUAGCGUUAUCUGUCAGAUUUGCAUUAGUGGGUGCUGAUACAGUGUGGAAAACGUGAAUUUAUGAUGUUAAGCUUUUCCUAGGAUGCACCUGCCCUCAGCUAACAUCUAUAACUCAGCCAAUCUGUGCGAGUGGCAGCCCUUGUGCUCCCUUUGCUUACUCUUGUUUUUCUUCGUGUAUAUGCUCAUCAUUAAAUUAAUGAAUUAGUU